AUGACGACUAAAAAAACCCCGGUUUACUUCUUCAGCCAUGGCGGCCCGGACGUGCAAUAUAGAACGGACCAUCCCGCCUAUCCAAUUCUCCAGAACAUAGGAAAGGAAAUUACCGAGAAAGUGAAGCCUAAAGCUGUCGUCGUCUUUUCUGGCCAUUGGGAGGCUGAACCUGAUAUCAUUGAGGUCAACACUGCUGAGCAUACAGACUUGAUUUAUGACUUCUAUGGAUUCCCGCCCGAGUUCUACAAGGCACAAUAUCCCAAUAGGGGAAGCCCCGAGCUAGCCUCCAAGGUCAUUGACCUCCUAACAAAAGCUGGUAUUAAGGCUAAAGGCGUGACCAGAGGGCUGGACCAUGGAGUGUGGUCGGGAUUUCAUGUCGCAUUCAACCCCGAAGAAAACCCCCUUAAUGUUCCCUUAGUUCAAGUAAGCUUAUACGCCAACCAGAACGUGGAUAUGCAUUAUCAAUUGGGACAAGCUGUUGCCUCUCUGCGUGACGAGAACAUCGUCAUAAUCGGUGCAGGAAUGUCAGUGCACAAUCUUAGGGAUUUAUACACCACUCGAGGUGACCCGAGGCCAUUGCCUUACACGGUAUCCUUUGACGAGGCAUUGAAAGACGCCGUCGAGUCCCCGCCAAAUGAGCGACGGGCUCAUAUGAAAGAAGUUGCUAAGCGGCCAGACGCUAGACAAGCCCAUCCGCGGUUCGAUCACGUGAUGCCGGUAUACGUAGCGGCUGGUGCGGCUGGUGAUGAUGAGGGGAAGAGGACAUGGACAUUGCACGAGGGUAGUGUGGCGUGGGCUCAAUAUAGAUUUGGACAGGUCCCUUAA